UGAUUUUUUCCCCCUUGGCCAUUCAGAAUUUGCCCACAUAAAUACUGAGUAAGACUCUGCUCACUCCUCACUUCUCUGCACUUGGCCCUGAGCUGGACCCGGUUCCCUGAGGGUAGGCAGGGCCAUGAGGGACCUGUUCAUGCUGUGGGUAACCAUGGAAAUAUGCUGUGCUACCUUUGGUGCCUCUGCCUGGUCAGUGAAUAAUUUCCUGAUAACAGGCCCCAAGGCCUAUCUGACCUAUACUACCAGUGUGGCCUUGGGUGCCCAGAGUGGCAUCGAGGAGUGUAAGUUCCAGUUUGCUUGGGAACGCUGGAACUGCCCUGAAAAUGCUCUGCAGCUCUCCACACACAACAGGCUAAGAAGUGCCACCAGAGAGACUUCCUUCAUUCAUGCCAUCAGCUCUGCCGGAGUCAUGUACACCAUCACCAAGAACUGUAGCAUGGGUGACUUUGAAAACUGUGGCUGUGAUGAGUCAAAAAAUGGAAAAACAGGAGGCCAUGGCUGGAUCUGGGGAGGCUGCAGCGACAAUGUGGAAUUUGGGGAAAGGAUCUCCAAACUCUUUGUGGACAGUUUGGAGAAAGGGAAGGAUGCCAGAGCCCUGAUGAAUCUUCACAACAACAGGGCCGGCAGGCUGGCAGUAAGAGCUACGAUGAAACGGAUCUGCAAAUGCCACGGCAUCUCAGGGAGCUGCAGCAUCCAGACAUGCUGGCUGCAGCUGGCUGACUUCCGGGAGAUGGGAAACUACCUAAAGGCCAAGUAUGACCAGGCACUGAAAAUUGAGAUGGAUAAGCGGCAGCUAAGGGCUGGGAACAGCGCUGAAGGUUGCUGGGCUCCCACUGAGGCCUUCCUUCCUAGCAUAGAAGCUGAGCUGAUCUUUUUAGAGGAAUCUCCAGACUACUGUACUCGCAAUUCCAGCCUGGGCAUCUAUGGCACAGAGGGUCGUGAAUGCCUGCAGAACAGCCACAACACAUCUAAGCGGGAGCAACGCAGCUGUGGGCACCUGUGCACUGAGUGUGGGCUGCAAGUGGAAGAAAGGAGAACUGAGGCCGUGAGCAGCUGUAACUGCAAAUUCCAAUGGUGCUGCACCGUCAAGUGUGACCAGUGUAGGCAUGUGGUCAACAAGUACUACUGCAUGCGCUCCCCGGGCAGUGCUCGGGCCCGGGGAAAGGGGAGAUCCUGAUAACACCCUACAUGAACUGAUUUGCUCAGUUGCAUGACAGUGGAGGGUGACACCUCUUCUCUCUUGGAGAGAGUAGACUGGAAAACAAUUGGACAAUCACAGGGAUAUCUGUGGUCCUCAUGAUAUCUGCUACAGAUGGGGAAAUGGAGGCCCAAGAUUAUACAGCAUAUUGACAGAGUUGAUAUUAAAACCUGGGCCUCCUCCUAACUUGGGCAGACCCAAUCUUUCCUGCAAGUUACUUCCUGGUAUUUGUCCCUGUACUUAUUAUGCAGCUUGCUAAAAUGGGAAUUUGGGGGAGUCCAUAUCCAGAGGAACCCUCGAAGUAUUUAUUCCUACAAGUUUUAGGCCAUAUCCAGCCCAACUGUGCUGCUGGGAAUCAGAGAAAAUAGAAGCAAAAACUUAAAAGAGUUCAGUUCAGAUCCCAGAAGGAGCAACCUUCUGCCACUGUGGCUAGGUCGAGAAAGACCAACUGCAAAUUCCUGCAGAUAUAUGAGGCAGAGGCUGCCUAUUUCCUACUGGAAGGUUUUUAGAAUGUUGAUUUUUUUUCACCUGAGUAUGCACUUUUUAAGUUCUCCUCACCCGAGCCUAGGGAAAUCAGGAGGGCUUUUUCAGCUCACAAACCAUUCUGGUAUCAAGGAGAGGGAAUGGUCACAGUAAGUAGACAGGUGACUUUCAUUUAUCAGACAAAGAUCUAUAAGAGAGACUUUCUCCAGAGAGCUAUAAAACAUCUAUUUUGCCAUUGUUCCAGAUUGGGAACUCAACUACAUUUUGUAAAAAAUGUUUCUAGGAUACAUCCAACUGAGACCUUUUACUACUCCCCUUGAUAACCUUGGGACCAGGAAGGGAAUUGGAACCCUGCUUCUGUUUCCCAAUUCAGCAGGCUAAUGGAGGAAGCUAGAAAUAUCCAACUCCCUUGAUUCCAAUUUUGACAGAUAAUAAAAUUGAGAUCCAGGCACUGGCCAAUAGAAAAACAAUACAGACUCACAGAUUUACAAGGUGUUAUUUUAAUACCCCCCUAAGUAAUUUGGGCACUAAAGUAGCCCUUUGAACUUGGACUGUAUUCAAAGUGUGUUUGCUCCCUUAACUUGAGCUUCCUAGGUUGUCUAUGCACCAAGGGGGGGGGGCAGGGCAACUGACUAGGAAACUUGUGGAUUCUACUUUCCUCAUUUGCAUUUCUACGUCUUUCUCCACUGGUAAUUUUUGGAGGAGGGGUAGUUUCCCAUGAAGAGCCCUAGGGGCUCAGCCACUGGUUUCCUAAAUCUGAAUUUAGGAAAUCUCUUGGGAAUCACUCCUGUCUGCGAGGGCCUGGUAGCCUGCAGGGAGGUUGAAUAAACAAGUAAAAGGAUGAUCAAAAAGAGUAGAGGGGAGGGGGGAUAGUAGAGGAUAGGAAAGGCAGCAGAAUACAACAGACACCAGUAUGGCAAUAUGUAAAUCAAUGGAUGUGUAACUGAUGUGAUUCUGCAAUUUGUAUACGGGGUAAAAAUGGGAGUUCAUAACCCACUUGAAUCAAAGUGUGAAAUAUGAUACAUCAAGAACUAUGUAAUGUUUUGAACAACCAACAAAAAAAUGUAAAAAAAAAGAGUAGAGAAACACUCCCAGCUUCUUGUUUUAAAUUAGAAAAUCAUUUAAAUGUUUUACAGUAAGAUAAACCAUUUAAAUCAUGGCCCUAUAGUGGAAUUUUAACCCUAAAAUAAUUUUCUUGAAAAAUCUUUAGUAACAUGAUAUUAACAAAGAUGAUUACUAAAUAGCAUGUAUAUGAUGAAUCCAAUUUGUUUUUAAAAAUAUAAAAAUAUUUGCCAUCAUGUAAUAGUAAAUUUGAGUGGUUUAUUCAUUCUUCUGCUUUUAAAAAUUUAUACAUGUGCCUACAAUAAACAAAUAUUUUUGUCAU